AAUUUCCGCUAAAACUAGGGACACGUCGCUACUUUUCGCAGUUUUCACCACACCACCACACGAAUAAUCCAAUGACGUGGCAUAUCGCGGUUGGCUGAGCGGGGAAAAGUCCAAUGCGGCUCGGUGUCAAACUAAGCCCCUUGGCUUUCAGGAAGAGCAGGUAGUCCAACGCAAGAAUCGCAUUCCACCAAAGAACACGCUACAAAAUUCCACAUUUUCGUCGAAUUCGUGCAGUUUUGGUCUCGGUCUCUCUCUCCCUCCCUCCCAAAAGAACCAUCUCGGACUUCAGAGGAGUCUGCAAGUGCUGUUGUUUGUUGCUUCAUUGUUUUUCAACUAGCCACCACUGAUGGGAAGGGGGAGCAUUUACAGAAGACGUGUGAAAGUAUUUACGUUAGCUGUAAUAAUCUACCUUGAUUAUAAGGCUGUACAGCAAAGAGAGAAAUGGACUAACAAAUCUAAAAGAUCUGCUUUAUGGGAAAAGGCUCAUGAGCGCAAUGCUAAGCGUGUACUCAGUUUGAUGAUAGAGUUAGAAGGUUUGUGGGUGAAACUUGGACAGUACUUAUCCACACGAGCAGAUGUUCUUCCUCAUGCAUAUGUAUCUCUUCUGAAGCAGUUACAGGAUUCUCUUCCUCCACGUCCUUUGCAAGAGGUUUGCCAGACUAUAGAAAGUGAACUGGGGGAACCCUUGGAUGAUCUUUUCUCAUAUUUUGACAAGAAUCCUUUGGCAACUGCAUCAAUAGCUCAAGUCCACCGAGCGACUCUUAAAAGUGGGAAGGAGGUGGUUGUUAAAGUACAGCACGAGGGCAUUAAGACAAUCAUAUUGGAGGACUUAAAGAAUGCAAAGUCCAUUGUUGACUGGAUAGCAUGGGCAGAACCGCAGUAUGAUUUUAAUCCCAUGAUAAAUGAAUGGUGCAAGGAAGCUCCAAAAGAACUUGAUUUCAAUACUGAAGCUGAGAAUACUAGAACAGUGUAUAGAAAUCUUCACUGUAAAGACAAGCACGAAAUGAUGGAGCCUGCAAAUCAAGUGGAUGUUCUGAUGCCUGAAGUUAUUCAGUCAACUGAGAAGGUUCUCAUCUUAGAGUACAUGGAUGGAAUUCGUUUGAAUGACUCUAAGUCUCUUGAGGAGUUUUCUAUUAACAAACAAAAGGUUGUGGAAGAAAUUACUCGUGCAUAUGCUCAUCAAAUAUAUGUUGAUGGAUUUUUUAAUGGUGACCCACAUCCUGGAAAUUUCCUUGUGAGCAAGGAACCUCCUCAUCGUCCAAUUCUUCUUGACUUUGGACUUACAAAGAAGUUGUCAGGCUCUACAAAACGAGCACUGGCAAAAAUGUUCUUAGCAUCUGCUGAGGGGGACCAUGUUGCCCUUCUGUCUGCUUUUGAAGAAAUGGGUCUUCGGUUGCGUGUGGAUUUGCCAGAGCAGGCAAUGGAGGUAACGACUGUAUUUUUUCGUGCCACAACGCCCGCAAACGAGGCUCAAGAAAACGUAAAAUCUUUGGCUGAGAAAAGAGCAAAAAAUCUGAAGGUCGUACAGGAAAAGAUGAAACUUAAUGAAAAAGAAGUUAAACGGUUUAAUCCUAUUGAUGCAUUUCCUGGUGAUAUUGUAAUAUUUUUCCGGGUCCUCAACCUUCUUAGAGGUCUUUCAUCUAUGAUGAAUGUUCACAUAGUUUAUAUAGAAAUCAUGAGGCCAUUUGCUGAAUACGUUUUACGAGGAGACAUUAGUAAGGGACCAGCAGCAAAUGGACAAUGGAUUUAUAAUUCUCCUGUGCACUCUGAUGUGGAGGGGAAGCUGAGGCAGCUCUUAGUUGAGCUGGGGAACGAUGAAAAAAUACUAGGAAUCCAGGUGUGCGCUUACAAAGAUGGAGAGGUGGUUAUUGAUACUGCUGCUGGGGUGCUUGGCAGAUAUGAUCCUCGCCCAGUUCAGCCCGAUAGCCUGUUUCCUGUUUUUUCUGUGACAAAGGGAAUCACAGCAGGAAUGUUACAUUGGCUGGUGGACCAUGGAAAACUCAAGCUUGACGAAAAUAUUUCUAGUAUUUGGAGAGAAUUUGGGACAAAUGGAAAAGAGCUCAUAAAGGUCCAUCAUGUGCUCAAUCAUACUUCUGGUUUGCACAAUGCCCUAGCAACACUUAGGGAAGAAAAUCCCUUGCUAUUUUGUGAGUGGGAUGAAUGUUUGAGUCAGAUUGCUAUGUCAGCACCAGAAACUGAACCUGGCCAGGAGCAAUUGUAUCACUAUUUAUCUUUUGGCUGGCUUUGCGGCGGAAUAAUUGAGCAUGCAUCUGGAAAGAAAUUUCAGGAAAUCCUUGAAGAAGCAUUUAUCCACCCCCUCAAAAUUGAAGGCGAGAUGUAUGUUGGAAUUCCUCCAGGUGUGGAAUCUCGGCUUGCAGCUCUAACUGUAGAUACAGAUGAUGUCAGGAAACUCUCAGCUAUUAGUAGUCGUGUUGAUUUGCCCUCCACCUUUCAGCCAAGUAGAAUUUCCCAAUUGACAGCAACCCUGCCAGCUUUAUUUAACAUGCUUAACAUUCGCCGUGCCACUAUACCUGCCGCCAACGGACAUUGCUCAGCCCGUGCACUAGCGCGUUACUACGCUGCCCUAGCUGAUGGAGGUGUUACCCCACCACCGCAUACCUCUUCAUCCUUGCCACCACUUGGCAGCCAUCCGCACAUUCCUAAAUUUUCUUCAAAGACGGCUCCCAAAAAGCAAAGAGGUAACAGAAGUGAGGAGGCAAGUUCUGGUGCAGAUAACAAAAUAAAUGGUUAUGAACGGAAACUAAAGUACCACAUAAGUUUUCUUGAUGGGAAGCGUAGUAGAGAUAGUAAGGAUGAUAGUCAUGCCAGACUUGUUGGUGAUGGUAGCCAUAGUUGUACCAAUAGCUCUAGUGCAAGUGACAACAUCGCUAAUGACGAUAUUCCUCAAAACAAGAAUGGCAGCAAGAUUUUCUGUAACCCUAAAAUCCAUGAUGCAUUCAUGGGUGUAGGAGAGUAUAGGAAUUUGGCCCUUCCUAAUGGAAAAUUCGGACUAGGGUUUAGGAGGAUUAGUUCUGGUGAUGGGUCCUUAACUGGCUUUGGGCACUCAGGACUGGGGGGAUCCACAGGAUUUUGCAACAUAGAUAACAGGUUUUCUAUUGCGGUAACAGUUAAUAAAAUGUCAUUUGGUGGUGUAACGGGAAAGAUUGUUCAGCUGGUAUGUUCAGAGCUAAAUAUUCCAUUGCCUGAGGAGUUUUCCGGACUGGGAGACAGAGGAGCCGACUCAGGGAUAAAUUUGGCACGACCUCUAAUUAACUGAGGGUAGGUGAAAUAUUUUGUUCCCUUUCCUAUUUAUAUUGCCAUUUGUAUCUCUCAUGCUUGACAAUAUCCAAGCAGAAAAAUCAAAUACACGCAAACUCAACUCAGGACACUUGAAUGGAUUAAUUUAUGAUUUGAUAUUUUAUAGACUUGCAUUAUACAGAGAAUUUGGUAAAGGCAGUGUAUUUAUUAUUAUACUCAUGUAUUCGUUCACUGCUA